CGUUUUAUGGUUAAAAUACUUUGACUUUAAAGCAUCAGAAAACAGUCUAAACAAACACAUUUUUGAACUAUUGCAGCUGUUCAUAUCGCCAGAGUGUCUCUAGAGACACGUCCAUCAUGAAUGGUUCAGCUACUGGCAUACACUCUAUGGAUCACUCUUCCCUUUCCUUUAAAAAUAGCAGGCAGGUCCUGUAGAGGGUAAAGAUGAAAUGACAUCUCUCUGAAAGGCAAAUUUCUAAGCUCAUUAAUAAUCUCACAGGGAGGGGAAUUGUAAAUUUCUUCAUGCUAUCGGCCAUUUGCUUUGUUACUGUCAAAGCGGAGGAAAAUGGGUUUGGAGUGACCUGAUGCGAAGGUGUGAUGGGGAACAGAGAUCCUGCUGCACUUAUUUCUCUGGCCUUCCUCUGAAUGGAUUUCUGCUCUUUUUGCGGGUCUCAAGCGUUCCUGGUUUAGCAUCGUAGCAUAAUUCCUCAAUAAUGGCAUUUUUAGAAAUGUAAAUAGUUCAAUAGAUCAGUCUUAGUUUUUGUUUUUUAACAUCUUAUUAGCUCAUUGAUGCUCAAAGGUCCCCCUGACUUCACAUAAUUACAAACAAUGCACCUCCUCAGUUUAGGUUUCCUGUUAAAUGUCCUUAAAUGUGUCCAUAGUGAUUUAUUUAGUUGUUGCAUGGGACGUGCUUUGACUCCUGAACUUGUCACUAGUGUCCACCACACAUGAUUUGCUCUGGGGUGCUUCCUGUCUGUUUUUUGCCCCUCUGGGGUCAUGACCCUCCACUACUCCAGAGAGGAGCAGCAUCUCCUCGCCAUCAACACGGCUUUUAAUAUCCACAGCAGUGUUGAGGUGACAGCCUAGCUGUCUCCUUGGCAGAUACUUGGGGCCUGGUGUAUAAAAGGGGUUCAUGUAGCCUGAAGGGUGACGGGCUGAGAUUAGUUUACAUUCAGCGGCUUUGCAGGCGUCCGCGGCUAGUAGCAGCAGAGCGACCGUGGGGUACAUCAACGCCGGCGUGUUUCAGGUUUCAUUUGGCAGCCACGCGAGGACAGCUGGACUGUCUCAGUCUCAUGCUGACACACAAUGUUGACAUCACUGCAAACGAUGGCUCUGGGAAGAACGCUCUUCAUCUGGCUUCAAAAUACGGAAAGUCUCUGUGCGUGCAGAAACUCCUGCAGCACAACUGUCCAGUUGGCAACAUGGAUCUACAAGGACGAACGGCUCUACACGAUGCCGUGAUGGGGGACUGCCCCUCCAGUGUGAAGCUUCUCUGUGACCACGGGGCUUCUGUGAACGCCGCUGAUUUCGAUGGCAGGACUCCUCUGAUCCUGGCCACCCAGAUGUGUCACCCACACAUCUGUCAGCUGCUGCUGGAGCGAGGGGCUGAUCUCAGUGCCAGAGACAAACAGAAGAAGACAGCUCUGAUAUCGGGCUGCGAGUUUGGCUGCAAGGAUGCGGUGGAGGUGUUAUUGAGGAGCGGCGCUGACGUGAAAGCAGUGGACAAAACGGGCCACGAUGCGUAUCACUACGCUCGCCUCAGCAACAACCAAGAGCUCAUCGCAUUGAUCAAAAAUAUCCUGGACAAGGCCACCAGAGCAGAAAAAGAGGCUGCAAAGAUCGAACAGUGGAAGCGGCAGCUUUCAGUGGAGAGGUCAGAGGCAGCCGAGUCUAACAGGAAGGAUCAGAUCAUUCAUGAUCUAGAGCGGCAGAAUGAGGCCCUUCAGGAAGGUCUGAGCCAGUUCCAGCAGGAGCAGAAAGUUAUGAUGGACAAGGUCAACAUGCUGCAGCAGCAGCUCAACCAGGAAAAAAAAGCUGUAGAAGACUCUCAUAAAGAGAAGGAGACGUUGAAGGCGUUACUCAGUGCCAAAGAAAAAGAGGAAGGAGGCCGCAGUCCAGAGACCUCUGGAGUCAGAGUUCAGCACCGCAGUUUUUUGGGGGAGUACCCAGGCCAGUCUGUUAUCAAAGUAGGAAAAGAAAACCUUUUAGUCAAGCAAGCUCACAGCCUGGAUUUUGACCAGAUGCCACAGAACCCUGCCGUUUCCAGACAAGUCCAGAGGAGCCAAACGGCCACAGACAGGGAUUUCUCUGAAGGGGAAGCACUUCGACGUGAGGUGGAGACGAUCAGGAGGAAGCUGCAGUCCACAGAAGAGGAGAAGGCCCGACUUCAGUCCGCGCUGAACCAGAAGAACCGAGAGUGCCAGGAACUCGCUCAGAGCCGAGACACCAUCCAGAACCGGGCGGACCAGCAGGUUCAGGAGCUGGAGGACGCUUUGCAGGACGUCCAGGCGAGGAUGCUGGAUUCUGAGUGUAAAGUCAAACAGCUGCAGGCUCAUGUUGUCGUCAUGAAAGAAAACCUGGGGGGCCAGGUGACAGAAGAACUGCGCGCGCAGCUCCUGGACGUGAAGGCCAAAUACGAGGGCGCGUCGGCCGAAGUGGGCCGAGUUCGUAACCGGCUGAAACAGAGCGAGAAAGCCUUGGAGGAAUACAAGAGCAGCGAGAGCCAGCUGGCCACAGAGACCGAGAGGCUGGGCCAGGAGCUGGUAGCUCUGAGUGCAGAACGAGACGAACUGGCGGACGCCCUUUUAAAGAUGGAAGCCCACCUGAAAGAGGCUCAGACCAAACAGGCCAACACCGUCCCAGCCGAGAAGUUUGACAACAUGAAGAACCUGCUGAGCAACGCCGUGGACGAGAAGGAGCGGCAGCUAGCCGAGCUGAGGGAGGACUACGACCGCGUGCUGGAGGAGGUGGCCGAGCUCCACCGGAGGCUGGACAGCCCGUCGUCCCAGGGGACGUCUGCAGAGGAGCAUCAGAGGAUAGUUUCUGCCCUGGAGGAGCAGAACGCUGCUCUGAAAAGGAAGCUGGUGGACCUGACUGCAAAGAGCCAAAAUCUCAUUGAAGAGGUGGAGGAGAGCGAAGAGGAGAGGGAUGUGCUCCGCGAGCAGCUGGACGAGCUCAGCAGCAGGAUUGAGAACGAGUUCGUACCCAUAAAGGAGCACGAGGAGGUUCAGAACAACAUGGUGACGGCUCUGGAGGAGCUCAAGGACAAACUCGUGGAGGCCAGCGGACGUUACGGGAAGGCAGAGGCUCAGCUCCAGCAGCUCCAAGCUGAGAAGGCCACGCUGCAGGAGAGCGUGAGCAGCAUGGAGGGCGGCAGCCAGAGGAGUCAGAAGGAGCUGGACACCCUGAGGGCUCACAACGCCGACCUGAUGGAGAAACUGGAGCUGCUGAAGAAGAGCUGUGAAGACGGGGAAAGAGAACGUGCAGAGCUGGCUGCCCAGCAGCAGGCGCUGCAGCAGAGCGUGGAGGAGAAGUUUGUUCCUUGGGAGCGUCACGAGAAGGUGAAGAUGGAGCUGAGCUCCGCCAUAGAAGUGGUUAAAGCUGAGAAGUUGAAGUUGGAGACCAAGGAAAAAGAACGUGGGGAAGAACUGAAGAAUGUGAAAGAAGGAAAGAAGAGGUUGGAAGAGCAGUUGGACAAAGUUUUGUCUGAGAUGAAGAGGGAGUGUGUGAGUGUGAGCGAGCACCGAGCCGUGGCAGACCAGCUGAACGCCGCCGUCCGCGAGGCGGAGCAGCGAGCGAGCCGAGCGUCGGCCCAGCAUGCUCUGGCUCAGGAGGAGGUGCUGAAGCUCACUCAGGAGCUGGAGGCCCAGAGGAAAGAACUAGACACCCUGCAGGAAGCGAUUCAGUCCAAGUUUAUCCCGCUGACAGCCGCCGAGGAGAAGGAAACCACCUACAGCUCCCAGGUGAAGGCGCUGGAGCAGAAACUGGUGGAGGUGGAGGAGAAGUAUCACAAAGAAAGAUCAGCGUGGGAGAGCAUGAAGCAGGAGAAAGAGAAACUGAAAGUGGAAACCGAGUCGGUUCAGCAGAGACUGGACACGGCUCUGGUUAGCAGUGAAAGGCACAAGCAGGUGGAGGAGGAGUUUAAGGCCAAGUUUGAGGCGGUCGCUGAGAAGGUGGCCGGCCUGGAGCAGCGGCUCCGGGAGGCGACGCUUCAGAAAGCUGAACUGCAGGAGCAGAACGCCCUGUGCAAGAAUCAGAUCCAGAGUCUGCAGGAGCGUCUGAAAUCGGAGCUGACCCGGAUAGCGACGUACGACGCAGAGCUGACGCUCCUCCAGGACGCCCUGCGGCAAGCUCAGGACGACUGCAGGAGGGCACGAGAGGCGCAGCAGGAGGAGGCCCAGAGAGUGGCCGUCCUGCAGAAGGAGCGCCAGGACCAGCGCAGGGAAGAAGCGUCGCUGCUGCAGCAGCACCGCCAGGCACAGGAAGCCCUGGAGGCUGAGCUCGCCGGGCUUCGGACGUCCCUCCACGAGGAGGAGGAGAGCAACGCUCAGAGGGCCGAGGACAUACGCGCCCUGCAGUCCGAGCUCCUGCAAGCCACGCAGGCCCUGGAGGACGUCCGCCACAAGGAAGACCAAAUGAACGAGCUGAAGAAGGAGAAGCAGCUGCUGGAGGAGGAGGCGGCCGGCCUGAGCAGCAAGCUGCUGAGCUCAGCGAAGGAGUGCCAGGAGGCGCGUCAGGAGGCGCGACAGGCCAGAGAGGGCGAGAGCAGGGCCAGGGCCGACGCGGAGGCCGUCCAGGAGAAGGGCCGCGGCAUCGAGAGGGAGAUCAGGGAGCUGAAGGAGAGGUACGACCAGUCGCUCAGCACCAUCGGUGAUCUUCAGAAGAGGAUUCAGACGUCAGCCCAACAAACCGAAGCCAAAGACAAGAAGAUCACAGAGUUACUGACAGACGUGGAGCGACUGAAGCAGGCGCUCAACGGUCUGUCCCACCUGGCGUACACCAGCAACACCCCCAACAAGAGACAGAUGCAGCAGGUUGAUGCACUGCAGGCCCAGAUCAAGAGCCUGCAGCAGCAGCUGGCUGAUGCUGAGAGGCAGCACAGAGAGGUGGUCUCCAUUUAUCGGACUCAUCUUCUGAGUGCAGCACAGGGUCACAUGGACGAGGACGUCCAGGCCGCCUUACUACAGAUCAUCCGCAUGAGACAGGAGUUCGUCUGUUAAAGCUUCCACAAACAAACUCUGCGUACUCUGAUUUGCCGUUAUCUCAUCUUUCAUUGCGUUAAUGUAACGCGUGAGGAGAAAGAAGGAGCUAUUUCCAGUUGGCUUUUCUCAAAUCUGUUUAUCCGCGUCAUCUCUGCACCUUGAUCCUUGGAUAUUCACACCUGGGAGCCUGUGGCUACAGAUUAGGAACAACAACUUACUCAAGCCAUCUAUUUUCUUUAAAUCACCCAUAGAAACUUUAACCUGAUUUUCGGCAGAUGGAUUUAUUUCCGCAGAGCUCCACACAUCCAUCUGGGAUUGCUCCAUCAGGAGGAGGGGCCCUAUCAAAAAUCCUUGCUUAUGAUUGGAUAAACCACUUCUCCGUCAUCUUUACUGACGUGCUACUUUAAACACUCACAUCGAAACCAAAACCAUCGUUUCCACUGUUCUUUUAAAUUUUUAAUAUUGGGUAUGUUGAACAACACUGAUGAAAUAACCGAGUGACCAGAUUUCUCUAACCAGACGUCUCUGAUUUUGCUAAGUAUUGGAAUCCGUCCCAAUGGCAGCGAGUCCUGAUGGAUGUGUGGAGCCGUGAGAAGCUCGGCAGAACUACAUCCUAUCUGCCGAGAGUCAGGUUAUAGAAACGGAUCAGUUCCACCUUAGAAAUUCAGUCCAUUUCUGCACCUUCGUUCAUUUUUGUAAAAUCUUUUAGAACAGAUUUUUUGCUCACCAGCAGCUUUGACCCAUUCUGAUCAGUAAUGUGGAAGUUACUGCGUAUGAAACAUGGGUCCGCUUGGUUAUUUUCUGUCUUUUCUUUUCAUUUUUUUACACGACACACUCCUAAACGCUCCGCUGAAAUGAAAACUGGACAUGAUCACAAAGACCACUUUCACAUUCCCGCCUGACAGUCGACACGGCAGAACCGUUUCAUCUUCCAUCGAAAUGUUGCUACGGUUUUAAAGGACGGAUUCAUAUUUUACUAAUGAACUAAUGUGCUCUGAAAAGUUCCCUGUUGCUCUAAUUAUUCUUUCUGAGGAAGUGUUUGGUUCAGAGAAAUUAGUAACAGAGACCUAAACCCUGUCUCCUAUAACAGCCUGAAACUCUAGACUUAAAAUAGCCAAAAGCAACAUUAUAGGGCUUAAUUUCAAUUGUCAAUAUAAUGAUUAUUAUAAUCAUAUUAUAUUAUUACAAUUUAUGUUUUGGCUUAUAAUAAAGAAAAAACUUGUAUAAAAUGAUGCAAUUAUUUUAAAACCUUUAAAUUGUUUCAACAUUAUAUUAUAUGAUCUUGCCUCCUAAAAAUACUGUUAUUAAUUGGUCUCAUUGUAACUCCAGGGGAUCCCUGGAAAUCCUUCAAUGUUUGCAAAAGUGUGAAAUCUGCUUAUACGUUUUUGGUUUUUUUUAUGGGGCGGAUACCUACGGAGAUCAUGGAAAAAAAGUAAAGGGGCACGGCAAAAGGUCUGAAUUUGCAAACUUUGUUUCAUGAACUAGUGAAUAUAAAAAGCCCUUGUUGGAUAGACUACUGUCAAAAUGUCAGGCUUCAUUAUAUUUGCCUCAUCGCGUUUAACAUUUUAAUUAUCAGUAGUUGGAUGUUUCAGUCACUUACUGAUAGAUAUCCAUUCAAAAU